AAUUGGCGGAAUGGUCAGUGUAGAAUGAAAACAAGGAACAAGGAGACUCCUCCAUGUGUAUUUUUGUGGUUAAUAAGUGAUUUUCUGAGACAUUCGGAGGUUCAAUUACACCAAAAGUUACGAUGGAUUAUGGUGGUGACGUUAGUGACGCAUCUGAGGAGUUAUUCUCCGACGAUGAUGGGUCAUCUGAUGUCAGAUUCACGAGUCCAGAUCUCAAGGCCAACAAAUCAUUCUUCAAUUUAUCACAAACUCCUGUUUUGCUCCAUCACCAAAGAGAAGAGACACCAGGUAAACCGAUCGUGCCAAAAACCCCCAUGACCCUGGCUCCUUUUAUUUCCAAGGCUGACGAAUGGAGCAGUGAAAUGGAAACACCAGAGGGAAAGCGAGAUCAUGAUUCAAUUCCCCCAGAAACUGUUAUCGUUGACAUCGAUAAUAUCGAUAAUUCAUUGAUUGAAACAGCUGAUGCAUUUUUAACCCCAGCACAUGUGAAGACCGACGACAUAAACGAGGACAUAGUUCCUCUCUCUCAGGAGUUGCCCCCCAGAAAGAAACAAAAACGUGCGCCGAAAAGACGAAUUUUCGAUAAAAAUAAUACACUGGCAACAGUGGACGAUGAUGACGAGUCUGACGACACAUCUCAGACUCACCAAAUCAUCAAGUCUCGCUCCCUGAUAGUGGAUCCUCAGUCAAAAUGCCCCGUUGAGAAACUCAAACAGUUGAAAGCCCUACAGAUGAGAUUACAAGAGAGAAGAGGGCUGGAGACCCUGACAGACGAUGCGAUCCCCGACGAUGAGUUCCUGCGAAGUUGCAGAGACCUCGAGAGAUGUGACAGACAACCCCAGACGGAGCACAUUCAGACAACCCCAACAAAUGUCCCAGAAGGAUCUUCACUCUCUCCAACGUGGGAGGACCUUAAAACCCCUGAAGAAGAGAUCAUAACUCAAGAGACAGUCACCGUAACCCCAGUAGCCACUCUCCAGACCAACAGACAAGAUACUUAUUCUCAAAUUGAUCUUGGAAUUGAUCACAUGAUUGAGGAAGAGGACCAGUACCUGGAGAAAACCUUCUUGGAAACAGAGCUGAUAAAUAUAAAAAAAGAGGUCGUACCAAUUGAGGAGCCAGACGAGGAUUUCAGAGGAUUUCCCAAGGAUGAACAACAAAGCAAAGAACUCUGGGAGUUUCAGAGAAUAUUUGUGCAGCAGUACGGUGGUCUAUCCCCCAGGAAAUUAAAUUUUCAAGGAUUUUCCUUUGUGGAAGCUGAAAUAUCCAAAACAAUCUUCCAGAACAACGAUAUAUUCCUGAAUAACUAUUUAGAGAAAUACUACGGAAUUAGAAAGCAGGUGGAUCCCCCCCUAGCAACGAUCGAAGACACCGAGUCAGAAGAGUCUCAACGCAUUGAGGAAGUUAUUCCCCAAAUUCAGUUACUCCCACCACUGUUUAUGCCAGUCUAUUCUGGGUUCGACACGGCUAGUGGUAAUAAAUUAUUCACAUCCGUGGAUAAAAUCUUUGAGGAGAAAACGAAAUUCCAGAGGGAUGAAUCCACUGAGAUGCACAGUAUUGACUUCUUGAUGAAUAAUCAAAGCUCAAUGAAAGUACAAAACAGUAUUAGUCGUGAUAAAGAAAAUGUACAGAUAUUAGAGGAUAAAUCUAUAGAAUUAAUUAAGCACAGUGAUAAGUCUGAAGACGAGAAAAUAUAUGCUGACAAAAAUAUAAAUAAUAUUGUGAAUAAAAGUACAUUGUUAAUUGGUAGAGAAAAAUGUGAUAAAAUAGCAUCUUCACCAAUAAAAAAGAUGGAAAUUGUUUCGAACGCGGUUGAAGUUCCUCAUGAGGACGAUGUACUUGGCUAUGUUGGGCUGGAACCCCUCGAGAAACCUGAUAAAUCUGCUGCAGAUUCAUCCGCAGUGAAUGAUUCAUCAAUUAAAAAUUCCAGCGAGGAUUUCAUAGAUUGUUUAAAUGAAAUAUCAAAUUUAAAAAACAAACGACAACGUCUUCGAUUGCGCUGUGGAGAGCUAGAUAAAAAACCUUCGAUCUCAAAGCCACUGAUUAAUCAAAUUACAAACGAAAACUAUGAUCCAAAGCUGUCGAGCAUUCUCUCACAUCCACGAGUACCUGACCCAAAUGACGAACGACAGAUAAACCCUGGAGUCCCACGAGAUGUGACCCCAGGAUGUGGUAAUACUACAAUGAUUUCUCCGUCAAUCGAUUCUCGACAAUUGAGAAAUACUGAUUAUUCCUCAGUAUCUAUUGAUUCAAAGCAUAAUGGCCAAUUUCCUGGAUUUGUGACAGGAACAGGUAAAACAGCACAGAUAUCAGAGAAGGCUUGGUCCACGGGCCUGGCGAUGUUCACUGCAGCUGGAAAGGAGGUCGGGGAUGACGUAGAAUCUAAUUUAAAAUCAGUAAUAAACAAGCCAUUCACCUCGUUGAAGCUUCCAGGGGUAGAAAAUCCCACGAGUACUUCAAAAUUAUCAGCAGGAUUUGGAUCUAAGCUACCAACAAAUAUUUCAAACGAUGGAAUGGGGUUUAAAACUGGAAAUGGUGGCCCCAUAAAGCUCUCAGAAGUAGCUCAGAAUAAAAUGAAAGCAUCGAUGCAGGAAUUUUCCCUAAAUUUAGAUGACGACGACCCUGAUCUUCUGGCUUUAUCGAAUAUGAAGAAAAAAAUAUGGGCUCGAAGGCGAGAAACGAUUGAAAAAAUCCCUUUGAAGACGUCACCAGCAGCCUGUGCACCAGAAUUGGGAUUCAAAACUGCUGGUGGUGGAAGUAUAAAACUCUCAGAGGCUACGUUGAAGCAAAUGAAAGCAGGUUUGGAAGCCUACACUUCAGACGUCAACGAGGAUGACCUCGAUUUUUCAGACUUGCAGAAGAAAGUCUCGACUGUUCGACAUAAGACGCGAGAUCCCAUUGGAGAUGAUUUAAAGACUUCAAGACGCUCCGAACUACCUCUAAAGAGGACAAGUCUUCCCUUCAUGUCGAAGCCCUUUACCCCUUUGAACAUCAAGAUACCAGAGGUUCGUCCCAACUCAACUCCAAGUACAUCCAAGUCAACUUCUGGAUUUACAACAGCUGGUGGAGGUGAAAUACAUCUCUCAGAGGCAGUUCAGCGAAAAAUUGAAACUGAUUUAGCGGCAUUCAAUGCUGAAGACAUCGAAAAUGAUCCCGUAACGAAAAGCAGUUCAACAAAUUCUCGUAAUGCAAAACUUUCAGACUCAGUGAAACGAAAGAAUCCUUCAGAUGACGUAACUCCAUUCGGUAGAAAGAGGGCAAGGACAGCAGGCACUGACCUCCAGGCUCGCAUUUUAUUCCACGAGAUUAACGAGGAAGAUGAGGAGAUAAUCCAGUCGUCCUUGGCACUCGAGAAUAAUAACGAUACUGAAAAUGACAGGAUUUUACCCUUCAAAAAUAUGAUUAGCGAGAAAAUCAAACCGAUCACCAAGUAUCCAACAAGUAGAUGGUCUGACAGCUCAUGUCCCCCAGUCUCCAAUUAUCAUCCUAUCCAGAGGCGGCCCUACUCACUUCCCACAAACCCAUCAACCGAAAAAACAAAAACAGAUAAAAAAAUUCCCCUCACGAAUCAAGAAUUAAUUCCCGAUGACAUAGUUUUCGAUAGUCAGGAGUUUCUCGAGUCCUACGAGAAAAUCUCGACAAAAAUAAAACAGAAUGACGCGGCCGAGAAGAGGAGAAACGAGGUGAUAAAAAAACAAGAAGAUAUGAUCGAAGCAAAGAGGAAAAAUCGGGAGAGGAAAGAGCCAGGUUCUCUGCUGCUAAUAAAAGAGAAAGAAAAAUCUCUGAUGAUUUCUCUGGAGCAGUUGUGUCUACCAGGGACGUUGCCAGCUCCUCGGGACCCCCGGGAAUUUUCCUGUCUAAAUAUCGACCAGGCAGUGAGUACACUGACCUCCUCGACAGCUCAAAAUUACCGAUUCAACCUGGAAGCCUAUCAGGACAUCGGCAGAACCUGGGCCGAGGGAAUUCCAGUUGGUGAUGGUACCAUAUUAAUUCCAGACGUGCACAAUUUUGCGGGAAUAAUGGAAUUUAAACGGAGUUUCUUGGCAUCACCAGGAGUUGAUCCCAAUCUCCUGCCCGAUAACUGGCUGGAGAACCAUUACAAGUGGAUAGUCUGGAAGCUAGCUUCGAUGGAUCGUCUAAAAUUCACGAAAAUAAAGCUCCCAAAAUCCCUGACACCAGAUCAAGUAUUAAAACAAUUGAAAUACAGAUACGACCGUGAGAUCGAUCGUACAGAGCGCUCGAUAAUUCGAAAAAUGCUAGAAAAGGACGAAGUCGCUUCACAUCGCAUGAUCUUGUGCGUAUCACGAAUAAAAAGAACAACAAUAAACAACGAGACAACGAUAUCCAUGGAAUUAACUGAUGGCUGGUACUCUGUUAUCGCAGCAUUGGAUACACCAAUGAUAAACAACAUUCUCGAUGGAAAAAUAAAUGAGGGAACGAAAUUAAUGAUCUAUGGUGCACAAUUGAUAAAUAACGAGGAAGGCUGUCACCCCCUGGAGGCACCCUCCAACCUACGUUUAAAAAUUCACACAAAUUCAACGAGACGAGCUAAAUGGUUUACUAAACUGGGACUCCAAAAAUACAGCGGCCCCAUGGAACUAUCCCUGAGAUACAUUCAUCCAAACGGUGGUCUAAUUGGCAAAGUGUCAGCUGUUGUAUCUCGUGUCUAUCCAAUUAUCUACAAAGAAACAACAUCAGAUGGUCAAGUAAUAUUUCGCAAUGCUAAAAGUGAGGAGAGAGCCCAAAUGUCCUUCAUCAACAAUCAUGAAUCUGGAUCCAUCACGUCAUUAUGUAGAGAUGUUAAAUCUUGUUUGAAGAUAAGAAUAGCGGAUGGUUGUGUACAUGGAAUUGUUACAAUAUGGCAAAAUGCCGAGGAAUCCAGUGAGAUGUUCAAAGAAGGUAAUUCGAUCUCGAUAAUUCAUGGAACAGCAUCAGGCAAACGAACAAGUGAACUGCAGAUCAAUGCCACUAGGUGGACGACAUUUGAUGUGAGAAUGUGUAGAAAAAAAUUUUCCUUUCCCGAGAGAAUUUUCACACCACUGUCUGACACAAUGACCCAGGGAUUUUCACCUAAUUAUGGUGAAUUUGAUACUGUUGGUAUUGUUGUUUCAAUUGGGCCAGCUCCCCAUGGAAUGAAAAAUUUUGAAACUAUGUAUUUGGCGUACAGAAAUGAAAUGGAAGAGGACAGCUUUCUGUCAAUUCUAUUCUGGGAAGGAAUUGGAACGUAUGGAUAUUCGGAUAUUGCUACUAUUGGAUCAAUUGUUUGUUGUGUGAAUUGCGAGUGGAGGAGAAAUACUUAUCGGAGUAUUCCCACGGCAUUUUGCUCCGAGAGGACCAUUAUUACCCGUAAUCCUAGACAAGGUAGUCAUCUUAGGAGGGCAUUCGAUGAGCUGAAGUGUAGAAUUGCGGACACUUCGAAUUAUGUCAAUGAUUGUGCGGCGAGGAUUCAAGCGGAGGUAUUGAAAAAAUCGGGGUCUUACUCGGUUACGCCUGUGAGGGGUACUGAACUAACACCUAAGGACAGGCGAAGUGCUGCUCUUAAGGGAAGAAUCGAGAGGCUGCAGAGCUACGGUCCAGUGCCUAAUCUAUCGCCAAUCCAUCUUACGGGAAGUUCGAAGGUAUCUCUCGACUUUAAAUCACCAUUGUCCAGGUAGAACGGAACUGAGUCCGGGAAGAGGACAAGAUGAUGAAAUAUUCAGAUUAUUAUGUUUGUUUUUUGUUUAUAUUUGAGGAGAAAAGUUUGGAAGAAAUAAAAUAUUUAGUUAAUGGA